AGCGCAUGUAGGCGCACCUUCGGCUCCAUCACCAGACAAGGCACCUCGGUAACUUAUCUCCGCGCCGGACCCGCAGCUCACAUGACAGACCCUGAACAGCAACGGUCAGCUUAAUAAACGGGUAAUGGCUCCAGUGUGAUUAUUUCAACAACUUCCUGUCCAGCUGGCCUGUCCAACUCUGUAGCUAUGGAAACUUGUCCCAGAGGCUGCACCCCAGCGGUGCGCUUUUAUCAUAAAGUGAACCGACUCAAGACACUGGAUGAUGACAUGAUGGCCACAUCGCUAAAACGCUGCCUCUCCACCCUGGACCUGACUCUGUUGGGAGUCGGUGGCAUGGUGGGCUCUGGGCUUUAUGUCCUGACAGGAACAGUGGCUAAAGACAUGGUUGGGCCUGCUAUCAUCAUUUCCUUCAUUAUUGCAGGUUUUGCCUCUCUACUGGCCGCCUUUUGUUACGCAGAGUUUGGAGCAUGCAUUCCCAAAACAGGAUCUGCCUACAUGUUUACCUAUGUAUCUGUGGGAGAGGUCUGGGCCUUUCUCAUUGGUUGGAAUGUGAUUCUGGAGAAUAUGAUCGGUGGUGCUGCUGUGGCACGUGCCUGGAGUGGCUAUCUGGACUCUAUGUUUAACCAUGCCAUCCAGAACUUCACAGAGACACACAUUAUGCAGUGGAACGUGCCCUUUUUGGCCCAUUACCCUGACCUCCUUGCCGCAGGGAUUCUGGUAGUUGCCUCAUUCUUCAUUUCCUUCGGAGUUCAAGUGUCCUCUUACCUCAAUCACAUCUUCUCCACUAUUAGCAUGUGUGUCAUCGUUUUCAUGCUGGUAUUUGGUUUUAUUCUGGCUGAACCAGCCAAUUGGAGCCAGAAAGAAGGAGGUUUUGCACCUUUCGGGUUAUCUGGAAUACUGGCGGGUUCAGCAACAUGUUUCUACGCAUUUGUGGGCUUUGAUGUAAUUGCAUCUUCAAGUGAGGAGGCAAAGAACCCACAGAAAUCUGUUCCCAUUGCCACUGCGAUCUCCCUUGGAAUCGCAUCUGCAGCAUACAUUCUGGUCUCAAUGGUGCUCACACUAAUGGUACCCUGGCAUACGUUGGACCCCAACUCUGCUCUGUCAGAUGCUUUCUUCCGCCGGGGUUACAGUUGGGCUGGAAUUAUUGUGGCAAUAGGUUCCAUCUGCGCCAUGAACACUGUGCUGCUGUGUAAUCUCUUCUCCCUCCCUCGGAUUGUGUACGCCAUGGCAGAGGAUGGGUUGUUUUUCUCAAUUUUCGCACGAGUCAAUCCCACCACCAAAGUCCCUGUCAUUGCCAUAUUGGUGUUUGGGAUCCUCAUGUCCACCGUGGCUCUUGUCUUUGACCUGGAGGCAUUGGUUCAGUUUUUGUCCAUUGGCACCCUCCUGGCAUACACCUUUGUGGCAGCGAGUGUUAUUGUGCUACGUUUCCAUCCUGACAAAACCAGCUCAAAGGGAACCGCUUCCACAUCUCCAAACCCUAAUGCGGAGCCUUCUAGUGCCCCUUCAGAGUCUCAAACCAUAAAUGAGGACAGCAGGGAGCUGAAGCAGUACGAGUCUUUCUCUGACAAACUCCAGUUGGUAGAGAGACAGGCUUCAACAGAGCGGCGUGGGGUGGGACAGCUGAGGGCCUACUGGGAACCAUACCUGGGCAAGCUGCUGGGAAACUGUGAACCGGGCGAGGUAGUGGGUUACUGCGUGCUGAAUGUAUUAGUGAGCUCAGUCUCCUUCUGUGUAGUGUUAGAAUUUGGAACCAAACAGCUGCAUCUGCCGCUCUGGAGCUCCAUUGUGCUGCUGGUGAUUUUUGCCUUGGCUUAUGUUCUCAGCCUGGCACUCAUAUGGUUCCACGAGCCACAAACCAGCAGAAAAACAUUCCAGGUACCCUUGGUUCCAUUGACUCCAGCUGCCAGUAUUCUCAUUAAUAUAUUCCUCAUGAUGAAGCUCAGCUAUCUAACCUGGAUUCGUUUCACCGUAUGGAUCGCUAUAGGUCUCUUAGUGUAUUUUGGCUAUGGAAUCUGGCACAGUAAGGAGGGAAAGCGGGAGCUGCAACCCAAAGACGUGGCCACCCGGUAUGUGGUGCUACCCAGCGGCAGUCUGGUAGAGUCGGUGCAGCCUGUCCAGCCCGAUGGACAAUUGGACACCUCGGCGCACCACGUUAACCCCUCCACUGCCUUGACAGCUGAGGAGUACCCAGGAAAUAGAUGAUGUGUGACCAAACAUAGUCCUUACCACUGCCUGGUAUUGUCUGUUGUCUCCCACUCAUGUGCUUUACUAUUUCUAGUGCUCUCCCUGUAUCUCACUCCCGUCAGUGUGUGACUGGUCUGCCACAGUCCGUACUCGUUGCUCUCCAAAUGUAAGCACAUCACAGGAUGGGAUGCACGCUCUCUGUCUUGUUGUGAAGCCUAUUUGUAUAUCUUGUAAUACUCAAAAUUACCGUAGGGAGCUUUAUUACUGUUCUUUAAACUCCUAGCAUCAAAUAUUGUGUUGUAUCCUCUUUUCUUGCAACCUUGCCAGUUUGUCAAAAUCCACAUGGUUAUAGGUUAUAUAUGGUGCUUUCUAUGUGACAAAUGUUUAGUUAUAGGUAUUAAAAUCAAUAUUCAGAGCAUUAACAACACAGCAAGCUCAUGGCUUGAUUUAUUUAUUUUUAAUGCUAACACAGAUCUUGAGCUGUAAAAUGAUUUUGAGCAUAUUAAGCAAUCAUAUGUUGCAUGUUUUGGUAUGCACAGACCUUUUGUGAGUUUGCAUUUUUGCAUUUUUUUACAUUCUCCCACAAACCUCAGGAGAAACUACAAGCUCUUAUAAUGUGGAUUCUCUUAGUGCAUCUCCUCCUUUUUGUACUUAUAGACUGCCCCAAGAAAUGUGGUUUCUGGCAAAUUCUCUGAAAUCUGUAUUUAAUUUUCUAUUACUUUAUACAGAUCUCAUUAGCUUAUAUUUUCAUUGUCUUUUUUUUUAUGUCACGGUAUCUGUGUUAUAUGUUUUGCAUGUAUCUCUAUUAGUCUCCAUCAGGAAUUUGUGUUCCCCAUUUUAGUCGCACUUCAGUGCUUUAGUUAAUCUCAUACAUCUCAUCCCAUGAUCCUGGUUUUUUUUGUGUCACUGAUCUUGAAUUUGGUCCAGUCUUUUCUCACACACGUUUAAACAGCAGCCCUUUACCCUUUCUCCCUGUUGGUAUGAGAUUAUAAACAUGUAUUGAGCCUUUAUUUUACUGUGUUUUCCUGAUAUAACCUGGGAGACAAAUAGAUUAUUGAAUAUAUAUAAGGCAAGCACAAACCUGAAUGGGAAUUUUCACACACAUGGUUGGACACUGGCAGGCAGGCAGGCAGACAUUGGUUAUGUUAAACCUGGGAUGUGUUCCAUCUGAGGCCUCGGUAAUCCCAGCAGAUUUGCUUCGGUCCCUGUCACCAGUCUGCAGUUUGACCUAGAUAAGCGAGGCACAUGUGAGUACACUCAUAUUAUAGAGACAGCAUUCUCAAAGCCUACACUUGUAAACAACAGUGUCAAUAAGUGAAGGCUUUAUUUUUGUAUUACAUAGGUAAAUGUAAUAAAAAAACACCCCAAUGAAUGUUAUGUUUUCAUUCAUUUCAAUUUGUGUUUGCAUGUGUUGCAUAAGAAACCGAUGACGUGUUGUAGUCAAUGCAGACUAAUUUCCAAAGUUCGCGUUAUCAGUCUUUCUGAAUUAGUUAAAUGUAUUUGUAUGUUAAAUCAAAUAAAACACAUUUCAUGCUUUCUAAUUAUUAAACCUAAACACAAACAUGGAAGAAAAGGUAAAGUAGGAGGCAUUUUGGCAUUCCUAGAAUUUUGUAUAACUUUGCACAAUGAAAACUAUUGUCUGGUAAUUUUCUGUUAUGCUUUGGAUGUCGGAGCCAGUAUCAGAUAUUGAUACUGUGGGGAUUUUUUAAGCUAAAUGUUCUGUCACCUCUUUCUCUGUCUCUUAUAAAUUCAAUUAUUUUAUUACUUUUGAAUUGUAUUGUACUAUGUACUUGCACACAAGUUCUCAAAUAUUUCUGUUAAUAGUGUAGGUCUGUAUAAAAUGCAUUAUACUGUGUUAUAAAUGAAAAAUACAUGUUUUGCAUUUACAAAAAUAGAAAUUGUGGACAAAAUAAACUAAUUAGCAGAUAACAU